AUGGAGCUACUCCGCCUUGCACCGCAGCUCGAGGAAUGCACCUUCAACAUGAUGGAAACUACAGAGCCGGGUGAUCCCGAUCCGCCCACCAACAAUAUUGCCAUGCCCAAUCUUCGGGCGCUGUUCUUCGGAGCCAACUGCGAAGAUCGGUUGGAUGUAUUUUUGGUCAAGCUCUACCUACCUGUCCUGGAAGAACUUCACAUUGACUCCAUCACCAAUCUUGAACCGCCCAUCGACCUAGUGUCCCACUUUGCGAGGUGGCGUUGUCCGCUCAGGAGACUGCUGCUGAGCGACCACGAAACACAACAGAUGGUCAUGAAGAGGGUGCUCUUGCAAGUACCGACGCUCGAAUACCUGCACCUGUCUUCAUCGGAGAACAAUCCUGCCGCGUGCGAUGUCCUCUAUGCACUUGCUGACCGCCUUGGUUCAGCCGACGGCACUGUGUCAUUCCUUCCUCGCCUCAAGACGUUCGAAUCCUUCAAUACCCCCCCUACCUUCUCGUGGGAUGUGAUUCCAAGGAUCUUCAGUGUAUCUUUUGACGGUGUGGAUCCGAUUUCCCCAGCCAGCCUUCCACCACGACCGGUUCUACAGCGUGUCAUCAUUCACGUUAAUCCGGAACCGGAUACAAACGAAGUGGAUCAGGAAACGAUGCGGAGGUACCUUUAUCUGAAAAGGAUUGGAAUCGAGCUGGACAUUGACCCUCCUCUUUUGUCCUCUCAUCACAGUAGUGUUUAA